CGCUGACAUGUGAUCAACGCGAGCCCGCUAAAUCAAAGUCACGUUUCAUAAUGGCGGAGAAAGCAAACACAACAUCAUUAACGUCGAAUUCAUUAUUUCCUGGCAGCGACGAUCUAGGUCCUUUGUCUGGACCGUUUGCACUCGCACCAGCUCUAGUACCUAGUGCAUCAACAACUAUUUCAUCUUCUUCCAACGAUAGCAUAACCGAAGAAAUAAUUUUGAAUAAAGAUGAAGCAGAACCUGAAAUGGAAAAAUUUAUCGAGCAACCAAUAACACCAACGACGAGUUCAUACGUAGGUGAUUCAUCUCCAAGUACUUCAUCAACAUCAGUCAAUGUACCUCCACAUACUCUAUAUUCCCCAAUGGACCAGCCACCUCCUUCAGUUUCAUAUCAAAAUUCAUCAUUAUCCUCACAUACUCCUAGUCAAACAUCCAGACCAAUUCAUGCUGUGCCCCCAUUUACCCAAAGUCAACAAUCAAUGUUCCCACCAGCAUCCCCUCACAUUCCCUCAGCACCCCCUCCUACACCAGAACAACGAGCUAAAGCAUCUCCUGUACGUCCACAUUGGUUUUAUCUAAAACAUGGUAAAGUCUGGACGCCAUUUUCCUGGAAAGACUCUAAUUUGUUACAGUUGAGCUACUCAACUUCCUCUCGAGGUGGUGAUAGAAUAAUUGCAACAGAUGGAGGCCGUUUUGAUGUGAAUAUUGACAAGAGAACAAGAACAAGUGUUUACUGGAAUGAACCAGUUACAGUUGUGCGUCCUUGUACGUGGUUUUGUAAAGCACAUGAACGUGAAAAUAAACUAACGCCUUAUGAAGAAAGUCUAUCAGCAAAGUUAGAGCAAGCAUUCUUGGAAGCACAUGAUGAACAAAAAUGGCCCAAGACAGUCAAUCUCAACAAAGGAGAAACGGUUAUUAUGCACAACUCCAAUGUCAUGGUGCAUUUCAGUGGAACUACAUCAACAGCUGAUGAUUGGACUGAUGAUGAAAUAAGAAGCCGACCGAAAGUUGUGCGACGUGGAAUUGAUGACUUUGAGUCAGAAAUUGAUGAUGGAGAACCCUCUCAAAUUGAUCAUUUGGUUUUUGUUGUACAUGGUAUUGGACCGUAUGCUGAUCUUCAGUUUCGAUCACUUGUUGAAUGUGUGAAUGACUUUCGUAAAUUGUCACUGGAGAUGAUGGAGGGUCGUCGUGAAAAUUUGAUUAGAAAGCAGGAUAAUUUGGUUGGACGAAUUGAGUUUUUACCUGUUCUUUGGCACGCUGCUAUACAUGAUGACAUGGCCAAUGGAGUGGAUAGACUACUGCAAUCCAUUACCAUCAACAGCGUGAGUAAACUUCGAGAGUUCACCAACACCACAUUGCUGGAUAUUUUGUUUUUUACAAGUCCUGUUUAUUGUCAGACAAUUGUAGAUAAAGUAGGCUCAGAAAUGAACCGUCUCUUGCGUCUUUUUCGAAUGAGAAAUCCUUCUUUCAAAGGAAAUAUUUCCGUUUGCGGUCAUAGUUUAGGAUCAGCGAUAUGCUUUGAUAUUCUUCAACAUCAGGGUGAUCAACAUGAACCUGGCGUGAAAAAACAGAGUAAAAUGAACACAUCGCAAGCUUGCCAACAACGAAACGUGCAACAUAAUGUCGAUUCCAGUACUUUGCCUAACCUUGAGCAAAUACUACAGCGUUUAGGACUCGAGAACUUUUUGCUCACGUUUCAAAUGGAACAAAUCGAUGGGGAAGCUUUGAUGAUGUGUAGCGAGGAUGACUUGAAGGAGUUAAGUAUACCGAUGGGUCCAAGAAAAAAGAUAAUUUCCUAUCAAAAAGAUUACAUCAAAGAGAAAGAAGUGCGCAACUUAUCUUUGGAAAAUACAAAAGUUGCUGACAUUGAUACAACAGAGACGUCACAAGUCAACAGUUCGUUGACAAAUCUCGGAGUAACUUCGCCAUCAAUCGAGAUAGUGGAAAUCCUGCAGUAUCAUCAGGGUCAACAAGGAACAGCAGGGACUGGACAACCGUAUGUUCAUUAUCCCAAACUGGAUUUCGAACCACGAAAUAUGUUCGCACUUGGUUCACCUAUUGGAUUGUUCUUGACUGUGAGAGGUGUCGACAGUGUUGGUAUGGAUUAUUGUUUACCAACAUGUCCUGGUUUUUACAACAUAUUUCAUCCUUAUGAUCCUGUGGCAUACAGAAUUGAGCCUUUGGUCAUGAAAGGUUUUAAGGGUGACCCAGUGUUAAUGCCUCAUCAUAAAGGUCGAAAGCGAAUGCAUCUUGAACUGCGAGAGAACUUGUCAAGGAUUGGAGCAAAUCUUAAGCAAAAAUUCGUGGAAUCAGUAAAGGAGACUUGGGCAUCAUUGAAUGAUUUUGCGCGUGCGCACACGGGUGUUCAGGACCCAGACGUUGAUAACGAAGAACCAGCAAAGACCACAGGAGAUUCACUUAACUUGAGUAAUGAGAAGUGUGAAGUUGGCAGUGUCUCCAUGGGCAGGUUAAACAGGGGUCAACGAUUUGAUCUUGUUCUUCAAGAAAAACCAAUUGAAAUAUUAAAUGAGUAUCUGUUUGCUUUGAGUGGCCAUGCUUGUUAUUGGCAAUCUGAAGACACCGCUCUCUUUAUGCUAAAUGAGAUUUAUAAAAAUUGAGGAAGUAUUUAUAAAAAUAGAAAUAUAUCGUUUAUUUGAGAAUGUCUGAAAAUAAAAGUUUCAGAAACCCA